AUGUCCCAGUUGUCGCACGACUCGUCCAUCCUCGUCAUAGGAGGCGGUACAUGGGGAUGUGCCACGGCUCUCCAGCUCGCGCGACAAGGCUACAAGAAUGUGACGGUUCUCGACGCCCACCCAAUCCCUUCACCCAUCUCUGCCGGCAACGACGUCAACAAGAUCAUGGAAGAAGGCAUCCCUUCCGAAGACGACGACGAAGAAAGCUACGUCUGGAACAGACUCUUCCAGCUCGCCACGGAAGCAUGGAAAUCCGACCCGGUGUACUCUCCCUUCUACCACGCCACGGGCUUCGUCAUGGCCGCCUCAUCCCCCGAGGCAGGCAAGCACGUCGACUCGUACAUAAAGUCGUGCAAGUCACCCAUCCGCCGCCUCGAUACGCCUGAAGCUUUCCGCGCGACCAUGCCCCCCGGCAUCCUUACCGGCGACUUUCCCAACUGGAAGGGCUUUAUCCGACCCGAAGGUGCUGGAUGGGUGUUUGCGCGCGGGGCGCUCGAGGCCGCGUACAACGAGGCUUGCAGACUCGGCGUGCGCUUCGUCACGGGCGAGUCCAAAGGGAACGUCGAAAGACUGGUCUACUCUGAUUCAGACGUGCUGGGGGCCCUUACGAGCGACGGCGUCGAGCACAGAGCCGACAGAACCAUUCUCUGCGCCGGUGCGAACAGUGAUAGGAUAUUCGACUUUGAAAAGCAACUUAGGCCGACGGCAUGGACCCUGGCACAUAUCCAGAUGACCGAAGACGAGCGCGUGCAGUGGAGAGAUCUGCCUGUCCUGUUCAACGUCGAACGUGGAUUCUUCAUGGAACCUACAACUAGGACUGGCGAACUUAAAUUCGUUGACGAGCAUCCUGGAUAUUGCAACUUCAUUCAUGACCAUUCUAUCAACGCUGAGCGUUCUGUCCCUCUUGCUCGGCAACAAAUACCCGUCGACGCUGAGGCUCGUGCACGCCGAUUCCUACGCGAGACAGUGCCCCAAAUCGCAGAUCGUCCAUUCACCUUCGCAAGGGUGUGCUGGGAUGCAGAUACUCCGGACCGCGUCUUCCUGAUUGAUCAGCACCCAAAAUACUCGAGGCUUUUGGUGGCUGUAGGAGGGAGUGGAAUGGGGUUCAUGACAAUGCCGGCUGUGGGCAUCCAGGUUGUCAACGCUCUUGAAGGCCAAAUGGAACCUCAGCUGAAGAAAGCUUUCAGAUGGAGGCCGGAGAUGGCCGUCGGCAGAGACUGGCGAGAUACCCAGGAUCGAUUUGGGGCGGAUGGAGAAGUGAUGGACUUGCAGCAAGUAAAGGGAUGGACGAAUGUCGACAAUAGUAGACAACCACGGUGA